AUGCUAGAGAAAUCUGACGACAACAUACAUAGAAACGUUGGAGAAGACAUGCACUACAGAGAGAAUGCGAAGAAGUCACAGUUUUUGGCUCUGAUACCAUGUUGGGAUUGGGAAUUGCCUGUUGUUUUUAAGGAGACAAAAGGGCCUGGUCAAGAUGUUACAGAUAUUGUGCAGAAACUAUGGAAUAACUGGGAGCUACGAGUUCUGGUCCUUCUCAGUCUCAUCUUGCAACUAUCUCUUUCUUACUUUGGGAGACGUAGAAGAUAUGGUGUUCAAACUUGGAUACAUAUCUUUCUUUGGAUUUGCUACCUUGCAGCUGAUUCAGUGGCAACGUUUGCACUCGGAGUCAUUUCUAGUAAACAAGGAAAUUCAUCAUUCAGUGUUAGCACUGCUUCUCAAGAACAAAAUGAGCUUAUGGCAUUCUGGGCACCAUUUAUGUUGUUGCACCUUGGUGGCCAGGACACAAUCACAGCGUACGCGGUACAAGACAAUGUUUUGUGGUUGAGGCAUUUGCUUUCACUAUUUGCUCGAUCAGGUGUGGCAAUCUAUGUUGUUCGCACAUCUUGGAAGGGUAAUUGGCUUUCAUCUCUUACUAUUCUCAUGCUUUUUGCUGGAUUCAUCAAGUAUGCAGAAAGGAUAUGGGUCAUGCGAUCAGCAAAUCGCCGUCCAAAAUUGGGCCCACAACAAAAAUAUGAUGAACUUGACAGUUUUCCAAUAUUUAGGCCUCUCUUUUUAAAUCAGAAGAUCGGCUAUAAAUUUCAACGAAACAGCAAGGAACAAUUCAUAAAUUAUAAUUCUAAAAAGGCAUUUGCAGUAAUUGAAAUUGAACUCGGACAUGCUUAUGAUACUUUCUACACCAAGAUACCUUUGUUUUCUACGAAACUGGGUUAUUUCUUCCGCUUCAUCAGUUUUUCUACCAUCGGUUUUGGGUUUGUAUUCUUCCUCAUAAAGGAGUGGCACAAUCAUCUACAAACAGAUUUGAUUAUUACUUACCUAUUAUUUGGUGGAGCUGUUGCCAUAGAGAUAUAUGCUGUGAUUUUAUUGAUCACCUCGGAUUUGGGAGUACGUUUUUUAAAGAAGUACACAGACAUUCCCCCUCCAAAAACCAUUAGAUGUCAAUUGUGCAAACAAAGGUGGUCAAACUCAAUGGGUCAAUUCAAUAUGCUUCGUUUUUGUACGAGAAAUAAGCUUGGAACUUCCCAGAGAACCCCACAAUUCUUUGUUGUCUUGGAAGUGUGGUUCUUCAAUCAAAUAUUACCGAGACUAAAUGGAAAGCUGGAUAUGCUUAGAAAGCUGGAUAUGCUUCACUAUAAGUCUGACGAGAAGAUCAGUGAAGAACUGAAAAGCUUGGUCUGGGAAACAUAUAAGGAAAAAUCAAAGUACCAAAGACCAGGGUUUUCCGAAGACUAUAACAGCUACAUAUCUUCGGAUAAAAAUGUACAAGUGGAAAUUUACGAAAGAAUUAUCAUCUGGCACCUUGCCACAGAUCUCUGCUUGAACCUUGAUAAUGAGAACCCAGAAGUUUAUAAUAAGCAACUGCAAAUGAUCAAGAACAUAUCAGAUUAUCUGAUGUAUAUACUUACCAUGUGUCCUUCCAUGUUAUCAACUGGAAAUGCAGAAAUCAGUUUUAAUAAGGCUUGUGAACGAGUUCGGGAAGCACUCAAAAAUUACCCAGAAUCCAGCUCAUUGUCCCUUGCUUGUGAGAAAAUAAUGUCAUAUCUAUCUACCAAAAAUAAAGAUUAUUUCCUAGCGUGCGAUGAUGAAGAUCCAUCAGAUUCCCUUCUGGUAUAUAAUGCAUUACAGGUUGUGAAAAACUUGAGAGAAUCAGGACAAAAGUGGGAGAUCUUGACUAGAUUUUGGGUUGAGAACCUAGCUUAUGUUGCAAUUCUUUGUGAAGGAAGAAACCAUGCUAAACAGCUCCUAAAAGGGGGGGAGUUUCUCACGCAUGUCUGGUUUUUGAUAGAGCAUCUCAACCUCAAAAAGAGUUUUCAAAUGCUAAUAGAAGUGGAAAAAGAUAUACCAAUAUCGUUCUCAAUACUAUAA